AUGAUAAGCGGUGUGCUGUUGAUGGUGGCUGUGAUAUCAGGCAUAGUGUGCGGCGAAACGCCGAGACCGUCGGGCGCUAGAGCCGCGUUCAAGGACGCCGGCCAGGCGGAGAGGCACUUGCUGGCCGCGUUGGGCAUGAAGCGCCGACCGGUGGUGGACAAGUCUAAAGUGGAGAUACCAGCCGCCAUGCUGGAGCUUUAUAGGAUGCAAAUGUCGUACGAAUUCGACACCACGGCCUUACCGUUGCCGGGACACCAUGUCAAGUCCGCGAAUACCGCUCGGACGUACUUACAUAGAGAGUCCGAGCCAAAAAAGCCAAAGUGCCGCAAGUACAGGUUGCAGUUUGCAGUCGAUCCGUUGCCGGAGGGUGAAUGGCUGACCGCGGCCGAACUGAGGCUGACGCCGUCGCGGCACCGGCCUGCCGGACAUCCAGGCCGCGUGCAAGUGCUCGUACACGACAUCGUGCAACCGGGCGUCCGGGGUGUGUCGAAGCCAGUGCUCCGGUUACUCGACUCACAGUACGUGGACCUGCCAGACGCGCUGACGAUGGCGGGACAUGACGAUGAGGUGUCGGUCACGCUGGACGUGACCCCUGCGCUGGAGCGGUGGUCACAGCACGGCGGCCGGUGGUCGGCCGGCAAUCACGGGCUGCUCAUCGAGACGCUCACUGACGGCGCUGACGCCCGAGCACCGAUACCUGACACGUUCGAGUUGCGGGCCGCCGACAGGCCUGCGCUGCUCGUGUACUCAGACGACGGCAAGAACAGCCGUCCCGUCGGCCCGCCGCGGCGGAAACGCUCGCCGGGAGCCGGCCAACAGCAACAGGGCAGGGGUGGUGGCAAGCGGCGGAAGGACGGCGGUGGCCGGGACAUCUGCCAGAGGCAUCCGCUCUACGUGGAUUUCACCGACGUCGGUUGGGACGAUUGGAUCGUCGCGCCUCCCGGUUACGACGCAUACUACUGCCACGGUGACUGUCCGUUUCCGGUCGCCGAACACCUCAACUCCACCAAUCACGCCAUCGUCCAGACGUUGGUCAACUCCAUGAACCCCACCGCCGUGCCCAAAGCGUGUUGUGUACCCACUCAGUUGGCGUCCAUAUCUAUGCUGUACCUGGACGAGGACAACAAAGUGGUGCUCAAAAACUACCAGGACAUGCAAGUUCUCGGGUGCGGGUGCAGGUAG